AUGGAAGAUUUUCAGAAAAUAACAAAAAGUGAAAAUCAGUUGAAGAAAACACGUAAGGAAAAUGAUGCUGCUGCACAUGACGAUUUAGAAUUGGAUUUAGAUGAUGACAGUUUGGAUUUAGAUGAUGACAAUUUGGAUUUGGACGAUCACGAUCACAAAGAUGAUGCUGAUACCAAUCACGGAGCUCAUGACGAUGAUGUUGAUGAAGAUGGUGAUGACGCAGACGACGACAUGGAUCAAGAUCAUGAUAUUGAUGAUGACGACAAUCAUAACGCUAAUGGUGCUGAUGAUGAUGAUGGCACUCAUGAAGCUAAUGAAGAUGAUUUUAAUGAUGUUGAAUAA